CGUAAAGGUCGUUCGUUUGAAUGCUUACGGUUUUGUUUGUUUACGUGUUGAGGGCUUGUUUUACUGAUAGUUUCUGAAACAUAAAAUAGCGACGUAUUGUAAUUAAUACAUCACAACCAUGAAUCCCCUGACGAAUGUUAAGAAUAUAAAGAAGUUGAGUGAGUUAGAAUUGAAGCGAGGUAACUUGAAAUCAUCAUGGCAUGAUCAAUACAAAGACAGUGCAUGGAUUUUUGUUGGUGGUCUGCCUUAUGACUUGACAGAAGGAGAUGUAAUAUGUGUAUUUUCACAAUAUGGAGAAGUAGUUAAUAUAAAUUUAGUCAGAGAUAAGGCUUCUGGCAAAUCAAAAGGUUUCUGCUUCCUCUGCUAUGAAGACCAAAGGAGCACUAUCCUAGCUGUUGACAAUUUAAAUGGUAUUAAGAUACUUGGCCGCACGAUUAGAGUGGAUCAUGUUGCAGACUACAAACCACCUAAAGAUUCUGAAAAACUUGAUACAGAGACAAGAAAACUUUAUUCAGAAGGUUGUGCACCAAAACUUACAUCAGAAUCAGACAAGGAAUCUGGGCAGGAAGCUAAAAAUCCAAAAAAAGAGAAAAAGGAAAAGAUGAAGCAGAAGAAAAAGAAGAAGAAGAAAAAACGAAAGAAGGCUAAGGUGCAGAACAGUAGUUCCAGCUCAGAGGAAGGUUCAACCUCAGCAAGUGACUCUGAAGACGAAACUCGAGCAAGCAGUAAAACAAAGAAGUCUCGGAAAAAGAAGACAGCAAAGUCAGAGAGCAGCAGUGCAAGUGAUGCAGAAAAUGUACCUGCUAAAACCAAACGACAGCAGUUGGAGGAAAAAAUUAGGGCUCUCGAACGAGCUCUAAGUACUGUGAAGCGGGCAGCAAAGAUGAAUGAGGAAGCGGCUGAUGUUGGUACAGCUCGGCCAAAGGAUGCUCAUCCUGGGGAAGUUUCCACAGAACGUGUAGAUCGUGGCAGUGUUUCUAAGAAGAAGGACGCUGGGGACAGUGAAGGUGGCAGAAAGAACACUGAAGAGCGAGGAGUUACAAAACACAGUGAGCAGCCUAGAGACAGAGAACGGGACAGGGACAGGGAAAGAGAGAGGGGUAGAGAAAGAGAGCGUGACUGGGAAAGAAGCAAAGAAAGAAGGUACAACAGAGAGGGUGGAACAUCUGGCAGCUGGAGCAGGGACCGAGAUGGCCGCAGAAACUAAAGGAAGUUCUGUUAGUUAGUCUCUUUCUUGCUGCCAGAAAAUUGGACACUGAAUGGUACAGUUACUGUUAGAGAGGUGGUGUGAAAAGUGUGAGACUGCUAUUGUGGUUUAUUAGAGCAGUAUGGAAAAUUUGUUGUAAUUGCAUAUAUGUUGUACUUUUUGUUACUUUUCAUACUUUUACGCAAUAUACACUUAUUAUAAUGUGA